CUAACCUCACUUCUAUCUAUCACAAUUUUAGUUUGUUUUUAUUUUUAUUUAGUUGAUUUUGUAAGGCUUAACUUUUUACUAAUUUUUAGGAAUAUUUCUGGAAAAAAUACCUUAAAUUUUGAUUUAUUGAUUGAGGAGGAAAUAGGUAUCCUUUUUUAAGCAUGAAAUCUUAAGAAAAACCUGCAAUUUGUUUAGCAAAAUAAGGAAAUACAUCCAUGUGUUUAUGAGAUCUGCAGUUUAGAAAUCAUGGUUUUUCUUAAUAACUUAUCCAGACACUCUGAAUGGCGUAAACUUGCGAAAAAAUUGAGAAGGAAACGUAUUCGUCAAGCGAAGGCCCUAGAACGAGACCAAAGAUUAUUAGUCGAACGACAAAGGAUUGAAAAACUACCUCAGUAUAAAUCAUGGCUGCAAGAACAAGAGAGGCUAGAACAAGAAAAGGAGAAGGAAGCCGAGGUGCAAAGAGCUCAAAGAGAAAAACAAUGGCAAUUAGUGGAGAUAGAAGCACAAAAGCAAUGGCAGGAAUUGCAGAAGAAAAUUGCCUUGGCGCGGGAAGAAAAAAUGAAACAAAAUAUGAAGAUCAAACUUGAGUGGGAAAAGGAACAACAGCGGUUGAAGAAAAUCAAAGAGGCCAAGGAAAAAGAGCUAGAAGAAAAACGAAUCCAUCAAGAAAACCGGGAAAAAGUGCUCUUAGAUUUUCUUGAACAAGGGGGGAACACUCCUGAACAUCUCAACACCAAAAUGGAAUCUAACCCUGGCAAACCAGAGUGUCCGUUUUUCCAAAAAGUAUCUGCUUGUCGAUUUUUUGAUGCUUGCUCCAGAAACCAUAUCAGGCCGGGAGUUAGUAAAGCCCUUUUGAUAACAAACUUUUUCACUGACAUAAGUUUGAGAAUAAAAGAAAAUGAGCAUGGCAGCGAUUCAGGUCUAGAAUUUGAAAAAGAAGACACAUAUACAAAUUACAAAGAGUUUUUCUUUGAUGUAGUUAUGGAGAUGGAGAAAUGUGGCAAAAUUAAAAACUUUUUCACUUGUUGCAAUCAUGAAGCACACUUGAGAGGCAACGUCUACAUCCAAUUUAAAACUACCAGGGACGCUUUACUCAGUUACCAUAAAUUUAAUGGUAGAUGGUACGCUGGGAGACAGUUGAACGUUGAAUUUUGUACCAUCGAAAAUUGGAAUAGUGCUAUAUGUGGUUUAUUCUUUCGAAAUAAGUGUCCAAAGGGUAAUUCAUGUAAUUUUUUGCAUAUAUUUGAUAAUCCCAAUGGAUUGUAUAUGCACGUUGAGCCAAAAAGUAGCCAGCGUAGAGGGAGAAAUGGGGAAAAGUCUACUAGUAGAAGAAAACAUGAUGUGGAAGAUAGCUGGGAUCAAGAACCUUCUGAAAAGCGUAACUGGAGAUGGUCUGAAUCACCAGAAAGAAUACCAAAACACCUCGAAAGCAAUGAAGAUUGUCCCCAUACAAAAAGAAGGAAGUCUGAGUAUAAGUCAAACUCUGAAUUAUCUUCGAGAAGAUCUAAUAGGCACAGGAGUAGAUCAGGCUCAAGGAAAAAUAGAUCUACCAGGAAACGAAGGAGUAAAUCGAGAAGUUCCAGCAGUACAGGUCAUAGAAAAUCUAGGAGUUUGAAGCAAAAAAGAGGACAACUACAAGAAAUUAAACUACAACCCAGUGACAAUGUAGGAAGACCAAGAAACCCAAAAUGCAAUCACUGGGACUGUUUCAACAUUUACCGGUGUGGUCACACAGGACAUGAUAGAAUAGCAGUUUAUGUUUAUCCAUUGGAGAAAUAUUUAGAUGAAAAUGGCAAGACAGCAUUUGAAGGAGUAUCAAAGGAAUAUUAUGAUUUAUUAAAGGGGAUUGUGGAUUCAAAAUACUAUACAGCAAAUCCUAAUGAAGCUUGUGUGUUUAUUCCAUUUUUGGAUACUUUGAAUGAAGAAAGGAUUGAUGUUAAUUUGAGUUCGAGGAUUUUGAAUCAAUUACCACAAUGGUCGAACGGAGAAAAUCACAUCAUCUUCAAUAUGAUAUCUGGCCAGGCACCUGAUUUUUCAACAGUUCCAGAUUUACAAAUAGAAAGCGCCAUGAUUGCUGGUGCGAGCUUUGAUACUUAUACAUUUAGGCAGAAAUUUGAUAUAUCCAUUCCAGUUUUUAGCCCGGUAGCUAAAUUUGCUGAAGUUAAAAGUAUCCAUCAUUCGAGGACUUGGAAAAUCAUCUCAUCUCAGCUAAACAUUGAUCCUUACUACUUGGAAGAAUUACAACAUUUAAACAAACUGCACCAAGAUCAAAUAUUAAUUUUAAACCAUUGCCAUCAUAAGAAAUACACAAAACGGUGCGAAGUUAAUAAUUUGGAAAAUGUGUAUCACUAUCCUCAAGUUUUGAAAGAAUCCACGUUUUGCCUAAUUUUCCGCGGACAUAGAAUGGGUCAGUUUAUUCUACUAGAAGCCAUGGCUGCUAAUUGUAUACCUGUGAUAGUUAUGGACGGACAUGUUAUGCCAUUUCAUGAUGUGAUUGAUUGGAGACGUGUUGCCAUAUUUAUAAUGGAAAGUCAUUUAAAUACGCUCUUGGACGUUAUAAAUGAUAUUUCGGAGAAAAAAAUAGUUCAAAUGAGAAAAUCUGUGAUGUUUAUUUACAAUACAUAUUUUUCUUCAAUGGAGAAAAUUGCCAUAAGCACUUUAGAUAUAAUACAAGAUAGGGUUUAUCCUCAUCAAGCUAGAAUAUAUGAUGAAUUGAACCUACUUCCUUCCGAGGUAAAUUUAAAUCCAUUAUAUUUUCCAACAACUGCCCCUAGAUCAAUAGGGUUUACAGCUGUAAUUUUGACUUACGACAGAGUUCAGAGUCUUUAUACUCUUAUAGAACGUUUAGCCAAAGUGCCAAGUUUAAUGAAAAUCGUUGUGGUUUGGAAUAAUCAGAAUAAAAAUCCACCAUCCAUAUCACAAUUUCCUAAAAUAUCAAAAGUCAUCAACGUAAUAAAAACCAAAGCCAACAAAUUAUCAAAUCGAUUUUACCCUUAUAAAGAAAUAGAGACUGAAGCAGUUUUGCAUAUUGACGAUGAUAUAGUGAUGUUAACAGCUGAUGAAGUGGAGUUUGCUUUUGAAGUAUGGAGAGAGUUUCCAGACCGAAUUGUUGGGUUCCCAUCAAGAACCCACCUAUGGGACAAUGUCACGAAUUCGUGGAAAUACGAAUCAGAAUGGUUGAAUGAAAUUUCCAUGGUUCUUACUGGGGCGGCGUUUUUGCACAAAUACUGGAGCUAUUUGUACACAAAUAACUUGCCAUCCAAUAUAAAGGACUGGGUAGAUGAUAAUAUGAAUUGUGAGGAUAUAGCUAUGAAUUUUUUAGUUGCUAAUGUUACUAAUAAGCCACCGAUGAAGGUGACUCCAAGAAAAAAAUUCAAAUGUCCUGAAUGUACAAAUAACGAGAUGUUGUCAGCGGACAUAGGUCACAUGGUGGCCAGGUCCCAAUGUGUGGAUAGAUUCGCUAAAAUAUUUGGUCGGAUGCCGUUGAAGUCGGUAGAAUUUCGUGCAGAUCCUGUACUUUUCAAGGACGCGUUCCCUGAAAAAUUGAAACGUUUCAAUAAUAUAGGUAGUCUGUAACUGUUUCUAAUGUGAUUUAUUUGUGACAUAGCAUUUUUUAUAACUUUGCCAUUCACUUAAUUAGGUACUUGUUCAGCUAUAAAUGAGCAGCUAGAAUAGGUGUAGGUAUAUUUAGUGUGGGUUUUCAAGAAAUUUGGAACCACCAAACGAGGGUUUUUUAAGCCUGAAUCAUGAUCAUUGUGGUACAAUAAUUUAUACCUUGGCAUUUUAUUUGUUUUGACCUUAGCAAUAAAUUAAGUAAAACAAUUAGCUAUUUACGUUUAUGCCUAAAUAUUGUGUUCAAUCAUUUACAUUUUGUUUAAAAUAAAAUCCAUAAAAAUCAUAGUU